GGGGGCGGGGCUGUACAUGUAGCCGGCCCCAUGUGGAGCUGCAGUGACAGUGAGAGCGGCCAGAGGCACAGGGAGCUCCCUCAGCAGGGAUAAGAGGAGGAGGAGGUAGGCUGGCACAGGCUGCCCCCCAGAAGACUUCAACAUGGGUAUGGGGGGACAGAGCGGCGAGGGCUGCAGCUCGGGGAACUGUGUGAAGCCAGAGGCUCGGUACAGUUGGGAGGAGAUCCAGAAGCACAACCUGAAGACAGACAAGUGGCUGGUGAUAGAGCGCAAAGUGUACAACAUCACUCAAUGGGUGAAAUGCCACCCGGGGGGCAUGAGAGUCAUCGGGCACUACGCUGGGGAGGAUGCCACGGACGCCUUCCAUGCCUUCCAUCCAGACAAGAACUUUGUCAGGAAAUUCCUCAAGCCACUGUACGUCGGGGAACUUGCCGAGAACGAACCCAGCCAGGACCGGGACAAGAAUGCACAGCAGGUGGAAGACUUCCGAGCGCUACGCAAAACAGCCGAGGAUAUGGGCCUUUUUAAGUCCAACCCGGCCUUCUUUAUCGUUUACCUGUUCCACAUCCUGCUGAUCGAGUUCCUGGCCUGGUGCACCCUCCACUAUUUUGGUACUGGUUGGAUACCCACCAUACUCACCGUUCUGCUCCUCACCAUUUCCCAGGCUCAGGCUGGCUGGCUCCAGCAUGAUUUUGGGCAUCUCUCCGUCUUCAAGAAAUCAAAAUGGAACCACUUAAUCCACAAAUUUAUCAUCGGCCAUCUAAAGGGAGCAUCUGCAAACUGGUGGAAUCACAGACACUUCCAGCACCACGCAAAGCCCAACAUAUUCAGGAAAGAUCCUGAUGUGAACAUGGUGAAUGUGUUCGUUCUCGGAGACACUCAGCCUGUGGAGUUUGGCAAGAAGAGGAUUAAGUAUUUGCCGUAUAAUCACCAACACCUUUAUUUCUUCCUGAUUGGCCCGCCUCUGCUGAUUCCUAUAUAUUUCACCAUCCAAAUUAUGAAAACCAUGAUAACUCGGAAAGACUGGGUGGAUCUGGCCUGGUCAGUAUCUUAUUAUGCACGAUUUUUCAUCACGUUUGUUCCAUUCUAUGGCGUGUUGGGUUCCUUAGCCCUGCUCAAUGCUGUGAGGUUCAUCGAGUCGCACUGGUUUGUAUGGGUGACACAGAUGAAUCACCUCCCCAUGGUUAUUGACCAUGAGAAGUACAAGGACUGGCUGGAAACCCAGCUGGCUGCUACUUGCAACAUAGAGCCAUCAUUCUUCAAUGACUGGUUUAGUGGGCACCUCAACUUCCAGAUUGAGCAUCAUCUGUUUCCUACCAUGCCGCGCCACAACUACUGGAAGAUCGCUCCCCUGGUCCGCUCUCUAUGCAGCAAAUACAACGUGACUUAUGAAGAGAAGUGCUUGUACCACGGCUUUAGGGAUGUCUUUAGGUCCCUGAAGAAGUCAGGCCAGCUGUGGCUAGAUGCCUACCUCCAUAAGUGACCCACCGCUGGACCCACCCAGGGAGGUCUCUGACCUUCUACUAACACAAGAGACACCUACAAUGAAUGGAUAUUGUAUGUUUAGAUGUUUAAUGAGCUGCCUCCAGUGAAGAUCAGGGAGCUCUCUGGGCCUUGUUACCAGGUUCACUGCCAGGACAGCCAACCUUAUUUUUCAGUGUAAUGUACCACAGGUGGCACAGACUGCGACUGGGGUGGCACUCACUAGUAUCAGCCUUAACCAAGCAAAACAUUAAAAACAAGUGCUGCCUAGAGUCUAAACAGGGUCAUUCAUUUCUUACAGUGCUGAGCAAUGUGCUGUUACUGUUUAAAUACAACAAUUUUUCUUUAACCCUCUUAGUUCCCUAUUGUAAGAGAAUGGUCAGACCCACGUUCCUCCCCAGGCCCAGCGGGCCCCCAAAGCUUCAUGAUUCCAGUGCAAUCGCAUUGGCCACACUGUGGAUAGUUCCACUCUUAACUGAGCUGUAAGUAUGGAAAGCACCAUGUUUAUAAAUAGGCUUAAUCUCCCCUUCCAUAAACAGUAAAUAUCAAGGGCAUAUCUUAAAGUCCACACAGAACAUUCCUUCUGCGUAUAUUUGCUUCAAUACAGAGGGUGCUGGAGUUGCUGUAUGACUUAUCUCAACAAAAGCAUUAUGAAUUAAUCAAUUAAUUAAAUCUGAUUUUGGUCACUGAACAAGCAGUUCCAUUGCAGUGAAAGGAUGAGACCCAACUGGCAUGCCGGUGCCCAGCCAAAUAUGUACAUGCAGAUGAGAUGCUCUAUGUACAUAAUAAGCUAUGCCCUUGUAUUGCCCUGUAAGGGACAGAAACCUAAAUUGUUACCAUACGGACCUUUAUAUGGACCCAAAAGGAUGCCCAUCCUGUUUGAUAUCUGAUAGGGGCUUAUUUAGAUAUUGACCAGGAAGGCUGGAAAAUUGUGUUGGCCAAGGACCAUCCAUGGUUCAAAGCACUCCUUAGCAGAUGGGAUUUUCCACGCUGCCAGAUAAUUAAAUCAAAAGCUGAAUGGAUCUCAGGGGCUCCCUAUCUGAUCUGAUUGUAGUUGUAUUGAAUCAGCCCAAUUUGGCACAACACAUGGGUAGCCAAAUUAGGCAACAGUCCACUUGUUUGCCAGCCAAGUGUAUAAUGUAGUGUACGGCUAGUGAUAGUGACAGUUGUACCCCUAAAGAGACGUGUUCUCACCUUUCUGAGUCAAGUGGAUGAAAAAAAUGACAGAGAACUAGGGACAGGGAAGAGGAUAUAGAAAGAGUAGUCAAGCAGGAACAGUAGGUAAGGGAGAGCAUUGAGACUGGUGAAAUAAAGAAGGGAGGAAAAAAGAAAGGUAAUGUAAGUGAUAGAAAGAGAAAAGAUAAUGAUGAUGACCUCUCCACAGGGGCCACGUUUACUAUGACUGACAGUUUGUUGCAUGAUAAUCAGGUCUUCUGUAAUGGCAACUGCACUGGUGGGACAUAUGUCGAAUGGUAGUCGAAGAAGUAGAGUGGGCAACUUAAUGACCCUUGUUGUGUAAGUUCACACUUGUAUGUAUGUGUAUCAGUUGACCUUUUUACUGCAUAAACUGUAGCUUUCAUUGGUGGGGCAAGGUUCUACUAAAGGUGUGGUCUUCCUUAUCCUUUCAUGGGUAGUGAAGAUGUUUGGGCUUGUUUGAGAUUCCUAUCACUGAGUGUCUGGAGGUAAAACCACCAAACUCUGAAUUCUUCUCAGUUUUCACCCACCCACCAUUUACCAGUUGGCUGUAACUACUGGUGAGCAGAGGCUGCAACUGCAUCAGGGCCCCCUCUCAUGGAAGGUCCAGAAUCCACUACAGUCGAAUGAGUACUGCAGUGCUUGAGGUGGCAAGCUGCUGCCAUGGGGGGAGAAAGGGGUCCCGUGGAAAGGUAGGGCAGACUUUAGCCAGUCUUUAUACCCAGAGACACACACAAUGGCUCUUAUACCUUCAUAGAAAUACAGUGUUGGUCCUACCUCAAAUGUACAUUGCAAUAGCAGCACAAGUUGAUAUAAUACAAGUAACACAUCUCUAAAGAGAGAAUCACGCAGACAAUGGGCCAGUCCUUGGCUGUAACCCUUUAGAAGAACCUUAUUUUGGUUCGUACAUGCUAAACAGUGGUUCCUAAGAAGGUAUAGAGGCACUAUCCUUGGAAAAUAUAAUCAGAACAGUGCCUGUGAUUCAUAAUGUAUCUUUGCUUGGAAUUAUCAAUAAUGGUCUUGUUCCAAUCCAUACAGAUAAUUUCUUUAUGAGCUAGAUAUAUAUUAGCAAUGAUCAUGUAGAGGACACAUUCAGCUUAUUUGGAGCAGAUCCUUGCCUCUUCUGACUUAUAUUUCACUGUAAAAUGUUCUCAUUAAAUGUAAUAUUAUUGAAUGGGACACCAUAUUGGUUACUGAGGAACCCAUUCUUCAGCAUCGGCUUCCUAUGGGAUCAUGGGCCUGACUGAUAGAACCUUGAGCUCUGACCACUCUCUCUCACCAAGCAUUAAUGAUCAUUCUCCAUGAUCCUCCCUAUUAGCUGUGUUUUAAUUUGCCUGGUUCCAUGAUGUUUCCUGGAGCAGAUCCACUGUCUCAGCUAGUCACAAAUAAUGAAUGUAAAUUAUUUUUGUAUAUGUCUUUUUUUUCAAUUAGAAUAAAAAUAGAAGCAAUUAACAGUGUAAAGGAGCGGAAGAUUCCGUACUGUUUAUGAAUGUUUCUCUAAUGAAUUCUUUUGAGACUGCUGACGUUAGGUACAGGACAGAUGUUGAUUAAAAUCAUAUUACUUCUGUCAACUGCACUUAUUGAAAAAAAUACAUUUUCAGACAAUA